AUUAACUAUUUUUUUUAAAUAGAAUUUGAAUAUUGUUUAUCUGUGAGUGGUAUUGUGAUAGUGUGUGUAAUCUGUGUUUACAUAAGUUUUGUGACCAAUAAAGUUUAUAUAUAAAGUUUACUGUUCUUCUAUCCGGCGGCAAAGUUUUUCAAGAGAUGUGAUGGUGAAAAAUGGGGGAUCCACACGUGGCGUGGUCGCGCAACCAACUGCAGAGCUUCUUGCUGAAGAUGGACACCAAGAUCUGAGCCGACGGUGAUCGCAGGAGAUUACAAUGGAUCUCAAGUUUGCACCCACAAAUGUGAGUUAUGUGGCACUAGAAUUCAACGAAACGACAGUCCAAUAUGAGGAAGCCGAAGACCCAGAUGCAGUCACGCUGCUAUCUAUUUUACUCGUCGGAAUAUUUCUCUCCCUCCUGAUAUUCGUGAGCGCGGCCGGGAAUAUCCUGGUCUGCAUAGCGAUAUACACAGACAGGGGACUGAGACGCAUCGGCAACUUGUUCCUGGCAUCGCUGGCGAUUGCCGACAUGCUCGUUGCCGCGGCGGUGAUGACAUUUGCCGGUGUCAACGAUUUAUUAGGGUACUGGGUGUUUGGUGAGCAGUUUUGUGACACGUGGGUGGCGUGUGACGUCAUGUGCUCCACAGCCUCCAUUUUGAACCUGUGCGCCAUCUCGCUCGACCGCUACAUACAUAUCAAAGAUCCAUUGAGAUACGGUCGCUGGGUAACCCGUCGCGUAGCCAUCGUCACUAUCGCCCUGAUAUGGCUGCUGGCGGUGUUGGUCAGUUUCCUGCCCAUCUCGUUGGGUCUCCACCGCCCGCCUGACGAGGAGAUGACGACCCAACGCCCGCCGCGCUACCCGACCUGCGCGUUGGUCCUGACCCCGACAUACGCUAUCGUGUCGAGUUGCAUAUCGUUUAUACUGCCCUGCAUUGUCAUGAUCAGUAUAUACUGCAGGUUGUAUUGCUACGCUCAGAAACAUGUCAAAUCGAUCCGCGCGGUCACCCGGACCGUCCAGCUGCCGGACAACCGGACGAAGUCCGUCCGUACCAGGGUGCACACGCACGUGCACUCGUCCCCGUACCACGUGUCGGACCACAAGGCCGCCAUCACUGUGGGCAUCAUCAUGGGCGUGUUCCUACUGUGCUGGGUGCCGUUCUUCUGUGUCAACAUUGUGGCUGCGUUUUGCAAAACUUGUAUACCAGAUCUCGCGUUCAAAAUCCUCACGUGGCUCGGCUAUUCCAAUUCCGCCUUCAACCCGAUUAUUUACUCCAUAUUCAACACAGAGUUCCGGGAGGCUUUCAAAAAAAUACUCACCUCCAAGUACCCCCCUUGCUGCGGGUAUCAAACUGUCCGAGCAAACACCCCGACGAGGAAUGAUAACUUUGUCACCGACUACGGAACGAAGACACUAGUUGUGAGGAGAAGCGGGUCUUUAGGACUGUCUGGGGUCGAUCCUACCCCCAGAUCGUCGGCCGAAUCCGUCAAGCCGUUGAGGGAUUAUCAUAUCUGACAAGAACAUGUGGGUAGCAAUAAUGGGCUACUCGACAAAAGUGAUGUUGUGUGAAUGUUUUAAACUUUGUUAAGCCAGCUGGGAUUUUUGGUAACUCUUUGACUUUUAAUUACAUAUUUAUUUUAUCAUCAUUAUCGUGUCAGCCAAUGGAUGUCCACUGCAGGACAUAGGUAGGCCUUUUGUAGGGACUUCUGUACAACAAAUUCCUGAGCCGCCUGCAUCCAGCGAAUCCCUACGACUCGCUUGAUGUCGUCAGUUCACUUGUUGGGGGGUCGACUGACGCUAAGGCUCUGACCUUGGGACCCCAACAUGUCAGUGAGGCAUGAUUGGAGUCAAUUCUUUUUCAUCCGGUUGAAGUCCGGCAUUAUUUUUCAGGGUCCAUGAGGAUUUUUUGCCAUAUAUUACAUAACGUAAGAAAUGAUAUCAAGUUUGAAGUUUGAUAUUAUAUAUAUUUUUUUGGAGUCACAGAGUUACUAAAUGAACCAACAAAAUAUGUAGAAUAUUAUCUAUAUAAAUUAAUAAUUCAAUAAGACGUAAGAGAUCUUUAUAAAACUGUUUUUCACUUCAAUAUUUCACGUGUAAAUUAUUAUGUAAAUUAGUUGUAUCAUAUAAAAAAAUGUAAAUGAAAGUUUCAUAUUGCUGUUACUCUUCGUACGUUGAUUAAUCAUUAUCAUCUGAGCUCAUGAAUAUCACGUAAUGAACGUUCAUUUCCUUGUCUUUUGUAUAUUAGUCGGGGGAAAAGAUUUUUCGUAUUUCGUAAGAAAAAACUUACAAUAAAAUCUCUUAGUGGUUCUGUUUGAUCUUAGAUCUAUAAUUAUUAUUUAUUUAAACAAUAAUAAUGAUGGUUUUGUAACUAUGAAUUAAUUAACCUUUUAAAAACAGAGAAAUAAAGACGGAUUUGCGCUAUUUUUUGAUGUUUCGUUACCGCCAAAAUGAAUGGUUUUAACGAGGAAAUUCAAUACGUUUGAUGUCUUAUUACUUAAAAGGAUAUUAGUAUAGACACUUACUAUGAAACGACAACAGAGUAACGAAAAAAUGGCGCAAAAUUAAAUUACACUUAAAAGUAAAUGUUCUUUAGUAAAAAAAUCAUGAAUAUAUUAAAAAAAACGAUAUUUUUUUUAACUAGUAAGCGGUAUUUUCUAAUUGUGUGAACUAAAUUUUGUAUUCUAUAUAUUGUACUAUUGUAAAUGUUAUGUAAGAUAUCUAGUCAAGUGUAAACAUAUCAGGUAGUGUUUAAAAAUCAAAUCAGUAGGUAUUAUUAUUAUUCGAGAUACUGUGUGGUAAACUAGCCACUGUCUCUUUGACUAAAGUGAAGAUAAUCAUAGUUUAUAAAAUGCAUCUGCUCUUAGCGUCUAUGACAAAGUGUACAUUUUGUGUAAAAUAAAGCGAACGUUGUGUUUUUUGUGUAUGUUUGAGAGAGAGAGAUUUAUGAUUGUAACAGCCAAGAAUAUUAAAAGUAAAUAUUUAAAAGAUUUUUUUUUAAAUAAUUAAAAGUUUUUUUUUAGUGUGACGUCAUAGUCAUUUUCGUUUUGACUGUCUUUGUUUCUAAAUGUAAUUUUUGUUCACCUAGCGCCUCAACAAAAUCACCUAUUGCGCUUAUGUGUGUGUUUAUUUAUAAAAACAACUCACACAUUAAGUGAAUAUAGUGAAGGGUCUACUGACCCACAACUCCUCGCUUUCGAAUGCAAACUAUGCCAGCUAGCCUAUUUCCUAUUUUGGUUUUUAUUAACAACCCAAUUAAAUCAAAAUUGACAAAAUAUCAUCCACAUACUAUGAUACAAAUUACAAAUGUCAUCCGGUACUUAAGGUGUAUAUCAUAUAAUAUGUAGAUGACACUUUGUUGUCCACUUCAAUAAGUUGAUAACAACGACCAAAAUAGUGAAUUAGGCCACAGGGCUGUUACUAAUUCAAUAAUAGUCAUAUUUUAUAAGAACUAUAAAAAAGUGUGUGUUAGCUCCGUACGAAUGGAGUUUACUCUUACAGAUCAACUGUCUAAAAAGGUGUAUGUUGCCCCGCAGCAUACACUAUGUACGUCUCAAUACCUAAAAAGUGAAAGGUGCGCAACCGAGGAGCAGCAGGCUACAGCCUGCACGCUGUUGCCGGCAGCGCACGGUGAAAGGUGCGCAGAAUAGGUUGCGCAUAAAAACGUAACGCUGCCUUUUCAACGAAUUUUCCUGUCCAUUUUUUUCAUACCGAGGGGUAUAUAUGAAAAGCUAUUCUUAAGAAGUAAACUUCAAAAUACAAAUUGUUUUAGACAAUUGCUUGCAUAUGAAUUUAACAUAAUCACACAGGUACGUGU